AUGGUUGCUAGUGGGAGUUGGGACGAAACGGUUCGGUUGUGGGAUACCCAUACAGGCAAACACAACAAAACUCUUGAAGGACAUACAAAUGGGGUCGUUUCUGUUGCAUUUUCGCCGGACGGUAACAUACUUGCUAGUGGAAGUGAUGACGAGACAAUUCGGUUGUGGGAUACUCAUACAGGCAAACACAACAAAACUCUCGAAGGACAUACGCAUAGGGUCGUUUCUGUUGCAUUUUCGCCGGACGGAAAUACACUUGCUAGUGCAGGCAGGGAGGGCUCGAUUCGGUUAUGGAAUGCUCACACUGGCAAACAUAACAAAACCCUUGAAGGGUAUAUAAGUAUUGUCUUUUCCGUUGCGUUUUCGCCGGAUGGAAGCACACUUGCUAGUGGGGGUGGAUUUGAAGACGGUACGAUUCGGUUAUGGGACGUUCACACCGGCAAACAUAAGCAUACCCUUGAAGGGCAUACGACUAUGGUCACUUCCGUCAUGUUCUCACCGGAUGGAAAUACACUCGCCAGUGGGAGUAAUGAUUGCACAAUUCAGUUGUGGGAUGCCCACACCGGCAAACACAAGCAUACCCUUGAGGGACAUGUAAAUCAGGUUAAUUCCGUCGUGUUCUCAUCGGAUGGAAACACACUUAUCAGUGGGAGUGACGACGGCACGAUUCUGCUGUGGACAUGCCCUCCGCAAAUGUAA